AUGUCCGUGAAAAAGCCAGACGUUGGAAACAAGGAUGAUGUGUUUCCAAGGACUAAGGCUAGAAGUGGAAAAAUACUAGAAGAUCUCGAUGAUGAUGUUCUCAGGGUGAAUAAAAUCAAGAAGGAGCUCAAGAAGAAUCAUCAGGUCAAGGAACCCACUGAGGAAGAUGACCAGUCCUGGCUCGAGCAGUCUGAGUUUUACAAGAAUAUUGACACAAAGUCUUUCAGGCAAUACGAUUUAGCCUGCUCUCGUGUGAAAGAUUUCUACGAAGAACAACAUGAAAAGCAGACAGUAGCAUACAACAUUCAAGCGAGAAUCAACUUCAAGACUAAAGUGAGGGCGAAGAUGUCAGUUUGGGAAGGAUUAGAAAGACUCAAUAAGCUUCUCGAUGAAAGCGACCCGGACACUGAGCUUACACAAAUCGACCAUGCUCUACAGACUGCUGAAGCCAUAAGAAGGGAUGGUAAGCCACGAUGGAUGCAGUUAGUUGGUCUUAUACAUGACUUGGGUAAGCUUCUUUACUUCUUCGACUCCAAGGGACAGUGGGACGUUGUUGGGGAUACAUUUCCCGUUGGGUGUAAGUUCCUGAAAAAGAUCAUUUUUCCGGACAGCUUCUCCAAGAACCCGGACUUCUUUAAUCCGCUUUACAACACCAAAUACGGAAUUUACUCCAGGAACUGUGGUCUAGAUUCCGUCAUGCUCUCGUGGGGUCACGACGAAUACAUGUACCACAUUGCUAAAGCAAACUCCACGCUACCGCCAGAGGCUCUUGCCAUGAUUCGAUACCACUCAUUCUACCCUUGGCACCAGGAAAUGGCUUACAGCUACUUGAUGGAUGACCAUGACAGAGAGAUGCUCGAGGCGGUGAAGGCAUUUAACAAGUACGAUUUGUAUUCGAAAACGGAUGAGCAGUAUGAUGUGGAUGAGCUACAGAAGUAUUAUGAAGCUCUCAUUGACGAAUACUUCCCCGAGAAAAUCAUUGAGUUUUAG